GCCCGCGGCCGGGUCGUCAUGGCGACGGGGACGCUAACGCAGCGGUGUCCGUCCGGGGUCUGUUUUCUGGACAGCAGGGACGAUGGCGCAGAAUCUGUACUGUCCACGAGUCCGUGUGGGCAACUGGAACGAGGACAUCUACCUGGAGGAGGAAUACAUGAAAGACUUUUUAGACAAGAGAGAGAAGGGGAAACUUCUCAUUCAGAGAAACAGAAGAUUGAAAAAGAAUCUUUUGAGACCGAUGCAGCUUUCCAUAUCUGAAGAUGGAUAUAUUCAUUAUGGAGACAAAGUGAUGCUUGUAAAUCCUAACUAUCCUGAGAGGGAAGAAACUGGUUUGUUUCAGUGUGGGGACCUGAGCCUGUGCAUGACUCCAGAUGAAAUUACAGCCCACCUGCAUGAUGAAUUAGAAGUGCCCUGUGGCCUGAGUGCAACUCUAACCAGGAUCCCAGUCGGCAGAAACACUUUUACCAUUUUAAGUGCAGGCAAAGAUGCCACUGGUCAAGUCCUUAGAUAUGGACAGGACUUUUACCUUGGAAUAACAGGAGGAUUUGAAAACAAAAUGUUGUAUUUAUCCAGUGACCACAGGACCCUUCUGAAGUCAUCUAAGAAGUCUUGGCUCCAGGAGGUAUACCUGACAGAUGAGGUCUCCCACCUGAACUGUUGGCAGGCUUCCUUCCUUGACCCACAGCUGCGCCUGGAGUUCGAAGGCUUCCCCAUCCGGGCAAAUGAAAAAAUUGUCAUCUAUCACCGCCACACGAAUCGGGGAUUGGCAGUCCACCGCAAUCUUUUCUUAAGGACUUAUUUUGGAAAGGAAGUUGAAGUUGCAGCUCACACACAUCUGGAUUCACACAGAGUUGAAAAACCAAAGAACCAUUGGAUUUUGGUUACUGGGAGUCCCAGGAAAGAUUCGUCUACCAUGCUGGACCUGCCCAAACUGCCGGCAGAGGACACCCAAACCACGGAGCAGGCCCUAGGCCUUGACACACAGUAACAUAUCAGGCAAAUACAUGUUAUCUUGGGCCUUGUGCUUAUCCAAUUUAGCUUUAAAAUAAAUUGGAAAUCUUCAUCAUGCCUCAAACUGAUUUAGAUACAGAAUUCUUUGAAUACUAUAUUAAAAUAAAGAUUAUGUUAAGAUUAUAAAUUAGUGGUGGUAGGGGUCUAGGAUAUGAGAAAACUAGCUCUGAAAAGUGAGUAGUAUUUGGAAAUGACAAAUGCUGGUCCUUUGUUGAAAACCAAAUUCUGAAGAACCCAGUAGCCCUGACUUAGUUCCUUCCUAGUAGCAUCUCCUACAAGGACUGUGUGUUAGUCUUUAAAAAUUUCUAUGUAAUAAAGCUAUCAGAACACCACUGAAUUUUUUGUACUUCUGUGCCCACCUUGACCCUGUAUGAGGUACAUCAGUAUGUAGCUGUGAGUCAUAGUCUUACUUGAAAUUUAAAAUUCUCCCUCUUAUAAAACAUUAAUAUUUUUGCUUCUACCUCUAGCUUAGAAGGUCAAGCCCUCCACCUGACUUGUUACCUAUUAUUUUAUAAUGAUCUUCAAACCAAAGAGUACCUUUAUCUCUAUCUUCAAAACUAGUACAUUAAUGCAGGCAUUCAUGCGAUUUGAAAGUUCGUGACAAAAUACAUAUUUAUCCUUUCAUUUGUUUCUUCAAUCAUCCAAACUUCAUUCAGUGCCUAUGAUGUGUAAGGUAUUAUGAAAGGUUGCCCAACCUUGUAGGUACCGUAAACUGCAGGACAAAUAAAUAUGUUGUGAGGCACGAAGUAGGCCCCAGCUGUGUUUUAAAUAGAUGCGCUGUUGGCGGUGCAGAUUGACCUUCUUCAGGGAGCUGGCUUUGCCAUCAAGCAUGUGGGAUUUAGGGUGAGGUUCCACCUCUGGCUGUGAGUUGGAUUUACCUUGGACACUUUUGCAGUUCCUCAUGUGGUGUCCCAGCCAGAAAUUCCGAUUUAAUGGUCUGGGUGCAGCCUGGGCAUUGGGCUUUGUCAGUGUUCUUCAGAUGGCUCCAACGUGCUGUCAAGGGGAGACUACUGUGUCAGGAGGUGGAGAAAGAAGUAACAGUUCCUAGGGCUGAUCAGAGAAGGCUUUUGUCAGUGGGUCUCAGCUUGACUGCACAUUUAGGAUCCCCUGGAGAAUUUGAAAACACCCACUGCCCAGGCUGCCUUUUGGGCCUUUCAAUCAGGUGGGGCUUUUAAAAAAUUUAAAUGCUUACAUUCAUCUCCAGAGAUCCUUAGUUACUUGGAGUGGAGCCCAGGUAUCAGUAUUUUUAAAAAUCCACCAAUUAAUUUUAAUUUGUUUUCAUAUUGGGAAUUGAACCCAGGGAUGCUUUACCACUGAGCUAUAUCCCCAAGGUCUUGCUAAGUUGCUUAGGGCCUCACUAAAUUGCUGAGGCUGGUCUCGAACUUGUGAUCCGCCUGUCUCAACCUCUGAGAUCUCUGGGGUUACAGGAAUGUGCAUCUCCACUAAUUAAAUUUAAUGUGCAGAAUGGGCUGAGAACCACCGGCUUAACUGAGAGCAAGAUUAAGUUGCCUGUGUGUCUCCAAAGAGCAACAUGUAGGUAAAUCUGGGCUACCUGCCCAUCUGGAGAAAGACAUUCUGUAACCAUCUGCAAGCAUCAAAACCAGUUCUAUACUUGCUCAUUCCCAUGAUAAGGUCAUUCUUGAGCCCAUCAAGAACAGACAGCAUUGGUGGUUUCUUGUCUGAAUCACCCAGGUUCAGUACCACCCAUCAGAAAUUGGUUCCACUGACCAAGUUUGCAGACUCACAGCCAGUACAGCUACAGCAUGACUGCCACCUAGCUGACUGUCAUUGCCAAGUGCAUCACUUUAAUGUACACAUUGCAUUCAGAGAGGCUUUUUCAAACAUGAAAAAGAAAACCUGUGUCUCUCACAAUAGAGGAAAGAUAGUCAGUAACUAGAAAGUAAGCACUGCUGAAUACAUGCACUACAUGCACCAGCUGUGCCAUCUAUACAUCAGUCUGCUGCCUUGGGUCCCUUGAGCAUCUUACACAAUUAUGAAGGGCUUUUUUAAAAUUAAUUUUUAAAAAUUUGUUCUAAUUAGUUGUACAUGACGG